AUGAAAGAAUGCGGUUCCUGGUGGUGAUCUUAGAAGCUUGCGUUAAAGGCUAUAGCCACAGAAAAUGUGUUUUUUAAAGAUAGAAUUCUGAUUCAUCAGUCAUUUUGAAGCAGACAACGUCAAAGCCGAGUUUGAAGCAAAUGCGCAGUAUGGACUUGGGAGUGGGAGUUAACAUUAUUGAAACAGCAGCUCUGGGGAGACCCUUCAGGCUGGGGAUGCUGUACGACUGCAGAAAAGAUGCAUUCGUACCAGGAAUCACACUGUGGGAUGAAGAGCAGCUGCAGCAGAGAAUAAAAAUCCAUACUCAAAUUUAUUCUGAUUUCAGUGUUACAAAUUCAGACUUCAUUGAGGAAAAAUGCCAAUUACUUCACAUCGAUGAUUGUCUAAAAUUAAGUUUUUUAAGUGGCCUCAUCAAUGUUAGUGGAGCAGCCAAGUAUCUCAGUGACACCAAGAAAUCCUUCAAACAGCAGAGACUGACUCUACAUUAUCAUUCAACCACCAAAUUUAAAGAGCUGACAAUGAACCAUUUGGCAUCUGAAAAUAUAGCCCACUUUGAAGCGUUUGACAAUGACGCAGCCACACAUGUGGUGACAGCUAUACUGUAUGGGGCGAGUGCUUGCUUUGUUUUUGACAGAGAAGCUUCAUUAGUUGAAGACCAAAGCACUGUAGAAGGAGACAUAAAGGCUGCCUUUGAUAAACUAAAGGGCAUUUCAGUAGGUGCACAGCUUGAUCUGAGCUUGGAUGACAAUCAGAAGACUGCCUUCGAGAAAUUCAGCUGCAAAUUUUAUGGUGAUUUCCAGUUAAGAUCUAAUUCAGCCUCUUUUGAAGACGCUGUGAGGGCUAUUGCUGAUCUUCCUAAACUGCUGGGAGAAACAAAGGAGUAUGCAGUACCAGUGAGAGUGUGGCUUUAUCCACUGGACAAACUACAUUCACAUGCUGCGAAGCUUCAACAAGAAAUCAGCAUAGAUCUCAUCAAAAAUGUUGAAUCAGUAUUUGAGAAUUUAAGUUCAACGGAAAUGAAGUGCAGUGAUCUUCUGAAGGAUACACCAUCUUUGGCUUUUGCAGGAUUUCGUGAUAAAAUAAAGCUCAUGAAGCAAAACUGCUGCAACUAUAAGCUGAGCCUCAUGAAGAAACUUGGCUCUUUGUUGCCUAAAAUCCGUGGUGAUACAGAAAAGGAAAAAGCCCUAAUUGAUCUCCUGCGUGAUCAUGAAAAAUGUCCAUUCAGAGGAAAUGAUCUUGAGAAAUGGAUGAAAGAGAAAGAGAAUGAAUCUGUCAUAAUUAAAUCUCUCCUCAGACAACUGACUGAUUCUGGAGCAACAGUGGAAGAGAAUCUGGUUGAAAUUUUAAUGGAUGAUGAUGUUGAAAAUGUAGUAAGCUACACUUUUACUUCAUUUGAAUGGCCAGAUGUGCUCCUUACUAAACAAAAGGCCUUCCUUAAUCCAUCAACAAUAGAGAACAACUAUGAGGAUGUAUCUGAUGUAAAACAAAGAACAGGGUUCACCCCAGAAAGCAAAAACACAAUGAGGAACAACAUGAAAAUAUUUAAAAGCUUGAUCAAAUCAAAAACACGCAAACCAGCCAAAUUUAUUGUUGCAUCAAAAGAAAUAAAAAAUAAACCAGGUUCCUGCAUUCUCCUCAAUGAAAAUGGAUCUGAAGUGACUGGUUUUGAUCCUCCAUUAAAACCAGCUCAUCCAGUCAUUAAACAGAUUAGCAAUGAAGCAGCAGUUUUGAAGGCAACAGCUGUGUGUCCUGCAACAGAAGAGCUCAGGUUAAUGUACCAAACAAAAGGAGAGAACGAUUGGAAAUCUCAGCCUGUGAAAAAGGGUCAAGAUACAAUUAUUCUGACUGAUCUCAGACCAGACACUGAGUAUGAGAUGAAAUAUGCAGCCAUGGGGAAGCUGAACUACACUGUAGACAGUGAUGUGAUUCAUCUUAGAGUCAUUGAGAAGAAACUCAUUGAUGCUACAGAGUCCAUUUUAGAAAAACUGAGCUUGACAGAAGACAAGUGCAGUAAACUGAUGGAGGACAAGAGUGCAGUCACAUUUAGAGCAAUUCACAAAAAGUUUGAAGACAUGAGGAGCCACUGUCAGACCUACAAACAAGAUUUAGAAAGCAAAAUUAAAUCUACAAUGCAGGCAGUUCAAGCCUGUGAAAAAGACAUCAGUGCUCUGACAGACCUUCUGCAAGCUUAUCAUGAGUCUCCAUUUAAUGAAAGUGAUCUUAUGGAGUGGAUCAGAGUGAAAGAAACCGAAUCAAAUGCAGUUGAGAAGAUUCUUCAACAGCUGCUGGACUCUGGAGCUGAAGUGAACAAUAGUUUAGAUGAAUAUUUGUUGGAUGUUAGUCUAGUGAAUGUGGUGUGCUUUACAUUCACUUCUCUUGAUCUGCCAGAUGACCUGCUUUUUCAACAAGAAGACUUCCUGAAACCUGAAACAAUGAGGAGAAAUUCUGAUAAGAAACCCAAUGCUGUGUCUGAAACUUGGCUCACAGGACUCAUCCGAGAGAAAAUAAAAAAACAUUUGAAAAUGUUUAAUGAGCUCAAAUGUUCAUAUGGCAGUCGCUCCGUAAAGUUUUUGGUUAUAUCAGAAAAUCAGUCAAACCAUCCAGGUUCCUGCAUUCUCCUUUAUGAAAAUGGAUCUGAUAAAGCAACAUGUUUUACUCCUCCAUUAAAACCAGCUCAUCCAGUCACUAAACAGAUAAGUGGGCAAAAAGUGGUUUUGAAGGCGACAUCUGUAUGUCCUGCAACACAAGAGCUCAGGUUACUGUACAAAAUGAAAGAAGAGAACGAUUGGAAAUCUCAGUCUGUGAUAAAGAGUCAAGAUACAAUUAUUCUGACUGAUCUCAGACCAGACACUGAGUAUGAAAUGAAAUAUGCAGCCAUGGGGAAGCUGAACUACACUGUAGACAGUGAUGUGAUUCACCUCAGAGUCAUUGAGAAGAAACUCAUUGAUGCUACAGAGUCCAUUUUAGAAAAACUGAGCUUGACAGAAGACAAGUGCAGUAAACUGAUGGAGGACAAGAGUGCAGUCACAUUUAGAGCAAUUCACAAAAAGCUAGAAGACAUGAGGAGCCACUGUCAGACCUACAAACAAGAUUUAGAAAGCAAAAUUAAAUCUACAAUGCAGGCAGUUCAAGCCUGUGAAAAAGACAUCAGUGCUCUGACAGACCUUCUGCAAGCUCAUCAUGAGUCUCCAUUUAAUGAAAGUGAUCUUAUGGAGUGGAUCAGAGUGAAAGAAACAGAAUCAAAUGCAGUUGAGAAGAUUCUUCAACAGCUGCUGGACUCUGGAGCUGAGGUGAACAAUAGUUUAGAUGAAUAUUUGUUGGAUGCUAGUCUAGUGAAUGUGGUGUGCUUUACAUUCACUUCUCUUGAUCUGCCAGACGACCUGCUUUUUGAACAAGAAGACUUCCUGAAACCUGAAACAAUGAGGAGAAAUUCUGAUAAGAAACCCAAUGCUGUGUCUGAAACUUGGCUCACAGGAAGUAUCAGAGAGAAAAUAAAAAAACAUUUGAAAAUGUUUAAUGAGCUCAAAUGUUCAUAUGGCAGUCGCUCCGUACAGUUUUUGGUUAUAUCAAAAGCUCACACAAACCAUUCAGGUUCCUGCAUUCUCCUUUAUGAAAAUGGAUCUGAUAAAGCAACAUGCUUUACUCCUCCAUUAAAACCAGCUCAUCCAGUCACUAAACAGAUCAGUGGGCAAAAAGUGGUUUUGAAGGCGACAUCUGUAUGUCCUGCAACACAAGAGCUCAGGUUACUGUACAAAAUAAAAGAAGAGAACGAUUGGAAAUCUCAGUCUGUGAUAAAGAGUCAAGAUGGAGUUAUUCUGACUGAUCUCAGACCAGACACUGAGUAUGAGAUGAAAUUUUCAGCCGUGGGGAAGCUGAACUACACCAUAGACAGUGAUGUGAUUAAUCUCAGAGUCAUUGAGAAGAAACUCAUUGAUGCCACAGAGUCCAUUUUAGAAAAGCUGAGCCUGACAGAAGACAAGUGCAGUAAACUGAUGGAGGACAAGAGUGCAGUCACAUUUAGAGCAAUUCACAAAAAGCUAGAAGACAUGAGGAGACACUGUCAGACCUACAAACAAGAUUUAGAAAGCAAAAUUAAAUCUACAAUGCAGGCAGUUCAAGCCUGUGAAAAAGACAUCAGUGCUCUGACAGACCUUCUGCAAGCUCAUCAUGAGUCUCCAUUUAAUGAAAGUGAUCUUAUGGAGUGGAUCAGAGUGAAAGAAACAGAAUCAAAUGCAGUUGAGAAGAUUCUUCAACAGCUGCUGGACUCUGGAGCUGAGGUGAACAAUAGUUUAGAUGAAUAUUUGUUGGAUAUUAGUGUAGAGAAUGUGGUGUGCUUUACAUUCACUUCUCUUGAUCUGCCAGACGACCUGCUUUCUGAACAAAAAAAAUUCAUGAAACCUGGCACAAGGAGAAGAAAUUCUGAUAAGAAACCCAAUGCUGUGUCUGAAACUUGGCUCACAGGGAGCAUCAGAGAGACUAUGAAGAAGCAUUUGAAAAUGUUUGAAGAGCUCAAAUGUUCAUAUGUCAGUCACUCCACAGCGUUCUUGGUUACCUCUAAAGACCAGACAAGCCAUCCAGGUUCCUGCAUUCUCCUUUAUGAAAAGAAAUCUGAUAAAGCGACAUGCUUUACUCCUCCAUUAAAACCAGAUUGUCCAGUCAUUAAACAGGUCGGUAAGGAAAUGGUGGUUUUGAAGGCGACAUCUGUAUGUCCUAAAGAAGAGCUCUGGUUACUGUACAAAAUGAAAGAAGAGAACAAUUGGAAAUCUCAGUCUGUGAUAAAGAGUCAAGAUAGAGUUUUUCUGACUGAUCUCAGACCAGACACUGAGUAUGAGAUGAAAUUUGCAGCUGUGGGGAAGCUGAACUACACCGUAGAUAGUGAUGUCAUCAGAGUUACUACAUGUGUGGUCAGUGAGCUAAACGAGACUGGCAAAUAUCUGCAGGACAAAUCUGAAUAUAAACCACUGGAGCCAAGGUACAACCAACUAAUGUCAGUUGAUUAUCCAGAGGAGGUCAAAGUGUGCUGUGUUUUGGCUGGAAAGACUAAUAACUGUCAAACACAUUUUAUUGCAUCAUUGCAAGCCCGAGUUGAGCAUCUGAGGGAAGUUCGUUCAGUAGACGAGAGUGACAUUGUUUUAAUUUUCUGUCCUAUUGUUUCUCGAGCUGGAACUGACAUUAGUGCAGCUGUUCACAGAUACUAUACAAAUGCCUCUAAGCUGACUGUUCUAGUGGUGCUUCAUCACACGUUUGAACCAGAGAAAACUGUAUCAGACAGCAGCAAAAGUGUCAACAAGGAGAACCUGCUCACAGUGGACUGUCUGUUCUAUGAGGAUACAGGAUUACUGCGGUGUCAGAGGAAUUUAGAUGCAUUUGACAAAUCUGUCAACUGGUUAAUACAGGAGGGCAGGAAAAUGGGUCUUAAAAUAUACCCAAAGAAAUCACCCGAAAAUCGAUUCAAAGCUUGGAAAACUUCCUUGGCUAAAUGAGGAUUGACACACAUCUGCCACUCUGCAGUGCUUCAUGAUCUUCAUUACACAGAGAUUAUUGUAACUGAUUUGAUCUUUGUUCACUGUUUUAUUUAAAGAUUUUUAGUGAAAAUAUUUUUUAUUAAGUGAAUGCAGAUUUAUGUCAGUCAAAGAUGUAGUUAUUAAAUAAAUUAAGUUUAACAAAUGAAUUAAGUUUCUGCAAAUAAUUGCCUGCAUACUAAUGUUUAUUAAGCUAUAUCAAUAAAUAAUAUUCUGAUUGUUAAAUGAAAGAUUCAGUAUCUCAAAAAGUUAAACAUUGUCAAUUGAAAAUAAUAUAAAAAAUGGACAAAUAAUGAACAACAUAGUGCCAUUUAAGGGCUGAGCAAUUGUAACAUUAAAGUUCAGCUCUUUAUUUCAGUGGCACCAUCUUGUGUCAUGAAAAAUGUUCUUGUCUUGAAACAUCCUACUGAAUAAGAGAAAAACCCAGAGACAAACAGAAUAGUAGAUGUAUCUUUUAGCAAUUGAGCAAUUAAUAAAUUUGUCUUGACAAAGAA